AUGCCUGCACACCCUGAUUCAGACCUUCAUCCCGAGGCCACCGGCCGUGCGAAGACACUCGUGGAUAGUCACCGUGGCCAACAAACACUGAAGCUUUACGCAGGAUGGUUCUGUCCGUUCGUCCAGCGAGUCUGGCUCGCCCUUGAAGAAAAGCAAAUUCCAUACCAGUAUAUCGAGGUCAAUCCAUACAACAAGCCCAGAUCUCUUCUCACUCUGAACCCUCGCGGGCUAGUUCCAACUCUUCAAUGCCCGACCGAGUCGGGACCACGUCCACUCUACGAAUCGACCGUGAUUCUGGAGUACCUGGAAGAAGCCUAUGCAGACCACACGCCGCAAUUUCUCCCGAAAGAUGCCUAUGAGCGAGCUCGUGCUCGCAUCUGGAUGGACUAUGUCACCUCACGCAUCAUCCCCGCAUUUCAUCGAUUCCUGCAGUAUCAAUCGACCGAAGAGGAUGACGACAGCGGUGCGGGGAAACAUGCGGGGUUGCAGCAGAUGCGACAGGAGUUCCUUAAUCACCUCAAGACUUGGACCACUCAGAUGCAUUCGGAGGGUCCUUUCUUUCUAGGAUCUGAAAUCAGUCUACCUGAUUUGGUGCUUGCACCGUGGGCAGUCCGGCUCUGGGUGUUUGAUGAAUUCAAGAGUGGCGGAACGGGACUCCCAGAGGAAGAGCAAGGUGGAGAGGAUGAGAAAGUCUGGGCUCGAUGGAGGAAAUGGCUCUCUGCCAUUGAGAGUAGAGAGAGCAUUCAGAACACUACCAGCGAGACGAAGCAUUACAUGCCGAUAUACAAGCGAUAUGCCGAUAAUACCGCACAAAGUGAGUUAGCCAAGGCUACUCGGGCUGGUCGGGGUGUGCCUUGA